AUGAGAUUUAUACUACGAACACAAUCAUUAUCAUCUAUGGCAUCUACAAUCAAUGUUAAACAACUUGUUGAACAAAUGAAACAUCUUCUUCAAGAUUUAAAAUCAUGCCCGGUAACAGAUAAAUUGAUUACCAAUGAAGAAAAUAUUAUAAGAUUCCUUAAAGCACGUAGUUGGGACUUACAAUCUGCAGAAAAAAUGAUGCGUAAAGAUAUACAAUGGCGCCAAGAAUUUCGACCAGAUUUAACAGACUGUAAAAAUUGUCACAAUCAACCAGGAACUCAUAGUUUAAGACAGAUAGGAUUUGAUGAAGCUGGGCGUCCAAUUAUAUAUGCAUCAUUUUGUCAAGCUAUUUCAAAUAGAAACAUGUCAAAUGACGCAGUAACUCAUCUAAUAUAUACAAUUGAAAAUGCAAUCAAAAGUAUGAAGUCUGGUGUUACACAAUGGGUUUUUGUAAUUGAUUGCACUGAAAAUGUUUCUCAGAUGAAGGUAUUUUCCUGAGUUGUACAAUCUUAUUUAUGGGUGAUUUUAAUUAUACACAGGAAUGGCAUAUCAUCAAAUCAAACUACAAGAAAUAGUUAAAGACUUUCAAGUAUACAGUGUAAAAGGCCACAAAAAGGUAAAUACUGUUUGUAUUAGAAAUUUGUUCACAGUUGAAGCUAUAGAAAUUCAUUAUUUCCCAUCUAACUUCCAUAUACAAGAGAGUCAUUUUCAACCCCCUAUUUUCUCAUGGUUGUACCACCCAUCCUUAUUUCACAAAUCAUAAACAUUAAUAAUUAUCUUAUUAUUCUCUUUCUACUUCUUUGUAAAAUAAACAGCUGGCUUUUGUACAUAUUGUCUAAAUAAUUAUUUUCCACUACUUUUGAAACUAUUUCUUGAGCAUUUUUGAUCACUUCGCUAAAUGAUGUUGUGAGGAUGGCCCACGGGUGAACUCAAGAAAGCUCUAAGACGCUAAGAAAGAGCCAAACACGUUCCAUCCAAUCAUCUCCUGAAGAAACAUCCCAGGGACAUUCCCUAUUGAACAAAUGCUAAAAACCACUGUAUGCGAUUUGAAUGUCUAUAAUGAUAAUUUCGCUUUUACUAAAAACUAUAAUUAUCUGAGAGUUUUGUACCAUAUUUGAUACUGUUCGGAAUAACAUUCCCUCUCCCUCG